AUGCCCCAGGGUGCGUGCGCGUGGCCCUGGCUGGUGGUGAAGCUGGUGGUGGAGCUGGUGGUGGGGCUGGUGGUGGGGCUGGUGGUGGAGCUGGUGGCCGCGGUGUCAGCAGCGCCGCCCGGGCCCUUGGCUGUGAUCAAAUGCGAUGGCCUUUACUUCAAGGCCUGCUCUCUUAGACCAAACAAGCUGGCCUCCGAGGUCUGCGGCGGUGGCGCCCGGCAUGUUCCACCCCGUGAGCCAGACCCAUGGUCCCCACACCGGUUCCUGCACGCGCCCCUGUGCUCCGUGAACAGGGCGCUGGCACAGGAGCAGCGCCGCGCAGGCGAGAAGGAGGAGGAGGAGGAGGAGGGCUUCGAGAUCACGGCAGUGUUUCCGGGCCGAGGGCUUGCAGCCGUGUCUGACAAAGCUGCGGGAUUAAAGCAGCAGGCUACUGCCAGCCCCCUGGCGGCCGCCCUUGUGCGCGAGGACGGCCGUGUGGAGAUCCCGCACCUCGACGGCCAUGCCAGCCCGGGCGCCGACGGCCAGGAACGCGUCUCUGAGAUCAUCAGCUUCGCUGAGACAGAUGGCCUCGCCUCCUCCCGCGUCCGCCUCUACUUCUUUAUCUCCAAUGAAGGCAACCAGAACCUGUUUGUGGUACAGGCCAGCCUGUGGCUUUACCUGAAGCUGCUGCCCUAUGUCCUGGAGAAGGGCAGUCGGAGAAAGGUUCGGGUCAAGGUGUACUACCAGGAGCAGGGCCACGGCGACCGGUGGAACGUGGUAGAGAAGAAGGUAGACCUCAAGCGCAGCGGCUGGCACACCUUCCCACUCACAGAGGCCAUCCAGGCCCUGUUUGAGCGGGGCGAGCGGCGACUCAACCUGGACGUGCAGUGCGACGGCUGCCAGGAGCUGGCUGUGGUGCCCGUGUUCGUGGACCCCAGCGAGGAGUCUCACCGGCCCUUCGUGGUUGUGCAGGCACGGCUGGGUGACAGCAGGCACCGCAUUCGCAAGCGGGGCCUGGAGUGCGAUGGCCGGACCAACCUCUGUUGCAGGCAACAGUUCUUCAUUGACUUCCGCCUCAUCGGCUGGAAUGACUGGAUCAUCGCGCCCACUGGCUAUUACGGGAACUACUGUGAGGGCAGCUGCCCAGCCUACCUGGCCGGAGUCCCAGGUUCAGCCUCCUCCUUCCACACGGCCGUGGUGAACCAGUACCGCAUGCGGGGCCUGAAUCCCGGCACGGUGAACUCCUGCUGCAUCCCCACCAAGCUGAGCACCAUGUCCAUGCUCUACUUCGAUGACGAGUACAACAUCGUCAAGCGAGAUGUGCCCAACAUGAUCGUGGAGGAGUGCGGCUGUGCCUGAGGCAGCGGGGCUGUGGCGGUGGGGCGCCAGGACAGCCCUGGAUGGGCUUCUUGCAGCCCCCUACGGGAAGGGGGUGCGUGGUAGGUUGAGUGCUGUUGUUUAGUGGGCUGCCCAGAAGGUGCCAGGGUGAAGCCUGAAAUACUUUUCUACUUCUUCAUCCAGCAAUCAGUCAAAAGCAGAGCAAGAACCCUCAACUGACAUGAAAUACUUUAAAAUGCACAUGUAGACACGCACAGCCAGACGCAUCCUGCCACCCACACAGCAGCCUCCAGGAUACCAGCAAAUGGAUGAGGUGACAAAUGGCAGCUUAGCUACAAAUGCCUGUCAGUUGGAGAGAAUGGGGUGAGCAGCCACCAUUGCCACCAGCUGGCCCGACCACUCUGAAUUGCGCUUUCGGAGCACACAAAAGCACAAAGACACUCACACACACACACACACACACACACACACACACACACGCGCACACAUGGGGGGAGCACCGGAGCAUGGGAGCACAGGAGCACCGAAGCCACCAAGAGCAAAGCAGAUGCGGGGGUGGGGAGUGUGUGGGUAGGCAGAGGGGCUGCGUAGCUCCUUUGCUUGUGCAAGACCUGCUGUGCCUCAGCUUCUCCUGCCGCUUCCUCCCUGCAUGGAUCCUUCAUGCUGCAGGACCAAGGGGGCCCGUCCUUUCCCUCCCAGAGCGGAAAGGAGCCCCAGAAAGCACACAGCCUGCCAGAGACCGGAGCGGUGGCAGUGGCCCUUUGACUGUUGCUUGGGUCCCUGGCCUGACUUAUAUGUGUGCUUGUGUUGGGGGUGGGGAGGGAGGGAGAGGAGAAGGGUCUUAAUUUGAUGCUUUAACUGAUUGCUAGCAGUUGACAGGUCAUUCAUUCCAGUUGUAUAAUUGAAAAGGGACUUUUCUACCAGGUAUGAUCUUUUAAGUUAAAAUCUGGAUUGUUCUAAAUGGGAAGAAAACAAUUGCAACCUGUACCCUUCAUUGGGGAUAUUCCUCUAGGACUGGCUAGGGAGAGGUGGAAAUCGCCCCCAGGCAAAGGGGUGAGCCCACGGAGGAAAUGGUGGCAUGGAGGCAUUCUGGAAAUGCGGAGUGGUGGUGGGGAUGCCCCCUCAGGCUGGGGCAAGGGACAGGGAACAGUUAAGCUGGUCUUGGGGAGAUGGGGAAGGCUUUCAGCUACUUUGCAGAAGUUGCCAGUGUGGGUCCUGGCCACCAGGGCUAGCCACGGACGUGGCCCCACCCGCUCGCCUGCCCAGCAGCCCCGCCUAGCACUUGCAGACCUGCCGGAAUGCACAUGAUAUAGCACUUGCCCAUCUGCGCGUGUUCAGAAGUGGCCCUUGCCAGAGCACUGACUCGCUCGUCCCACGGUGUCCAAGUGCCAUGUGAACUAUGCAAUUUAAAGGGUUGACCCACACUAGACAAACUGGACUCGUACGACUCUUUUUAUAUUUUUUAUACUUGAAAUGAAAUCCUUUGCUUCUUUUUAAAGCGAAUGAUUGCUUUUAAUGUUUGCACUGAUUUAGUUGCAUGAUUAGUCAGAAACUGCCAUUUGAAAAAAGAAGUUAUUUUUAUAGCAGCAAAAAAAUACAGUUAAAUGUAUUAUACAUAAUUUUGGAACCAAAGAGGCCAACAGAUCAGUUUUAAUUUUUAUUAGAUGGUGAGGCCAUCUUCUAUGAGGUAGACGUUCUGAACAAUCCCUUGAGUGGCCUGCCAACAUUUCAGGGUAUAAAUGAAUUUUGUUUAUUCAGUUUGAUGAGUCUUUUCUAUCCUCACACACCCAGAAGGUAGAGUGAAAAUGACUAUGGUAGCACGCAGGUGUGUAUUUUUAAAUCCCCAUCUUUAUGUUUAUUUAAUAAAGCUCCCCUUAGGUUCUGUUUCAUAAUAAUUUAAAACCAAACAAUUUUCCCAUAGACUGGCUUUUAAAGUAUUUUACAUUUGUGUACAGUUCAAGAAAAUAAAAGAUUGGGUGUCAUGGGCUUCCUGCCUUGU